AAGCCGCGCCAUAUAGCGACCGUGUCACGAUCUGCCGGCACUGCAGGCCAGUCACAAUCAGUCACGAACCUGUCCCUGUUAACGAUCGUCUGCGGCCCGUGAGUUUCACAGUGCGAGUUAGAGAUGGGACUUGGGCGCAGCUGCCAAACCAAAACCGUGGGAGCAAACUGAAACCCCACCCAUGCCCCGCCAUCAGUUUAGCUCCAAUAUUCGAUAUCAACUUUCAGAUUCCGGCCUCGCCGACCAACUUCGACACCAUGCCGAAACCGACAGAUAUCCCUACUUUUGCGGCGACGCAGCUUACUCUUUUGGAUGCAGAACUCCAGGCCGAGCUAGCGGAAACAAAUGCCCUUUUGUCAUCUCACACGCCCACGGCGCUGUCUCGCGCAGGGCUGGCCAUCCUGAACCUUAAUGUUUCUUCUAUACGUACCGGCCUUGGCGGUAAAACAGUCGUCGAGCUCGGGCUCGACCCUGCCGUCGUGGGCAAAGGCGAGAAACCAGACAUUCCUGAGCAUGGCAUUAGGGUCGGUGAUAUCAUCGCCGUUCAGGACCAGCCUGCGGGAAGCGCGAAGAAGUCCGAGAAGCGAGAUCUUGCUAAGAAAGGCGUCGAGGGCGUCGUUCUUCAUGUAAAGCGAGAAAACAUCGAGAUCAUCCUCGACAAGGAGGAUGCCGAUGUUCCUAGUGGCGGGAAACUAUGGCUUGUUAAGUUGGCCAACGAUAUCACCUACAAGAGGAUGAACCAGACAAUGGGCAAUCUGAAGAAGCUUUCCGACCAGGACUACACUCCCUUCAUGCGCGUCUUGUUCGGGCAAGGCUCCCCAUCGCCUGUUCCGUCAGAUUUGAACGAUCCAUCGAAUCCUCUGCAUAAGCUCCAAUGGAACGACCCAUCACUGAACGAUAGCCAGCAAGACGCUAUCAGAUUUGCUCUUGCAUCUCGCGAGAUCGCCCUGAUUCACGGUCCUCCUGGGACCGGAAAGACACACACAAUCAUAGAACUGAUCUUGCAGCUCCUCAAGCAAAAGCUUCGUAUUCUGGUGUGCGGCCCGUCGAACAUAUCCGUAGACAACAUCGUUGAGCGACUUGCCCCACAUAAAGUGUCAAUGAUACGACUAGGUCAUCCAGCGCGUCUUCUGCCUUCCGUGCUGAAUCAUUCCCUCGAUGUACUCACGCGCACUUCCGAAGCUGCGGCUCUCGUACAAGACAUACGGAAGGAGAUGGACGAUAAGCAGGCAUCCAUCCGUAAAACUCGCAAUGCGAAGGAGCGACGGCAGAUAUACACAGACUUGAAAGAGCUACGAAAGGAAUUCAGAGAGCGCGAGAGGGGGUGCGUCGACAAUCUGAUUCGAGGCAGCAAGGUCGUACUCGCUACCUUGCACGGAGCCGGUGGUUUCCAUCUUAAAGGUCAGGAGUUUGACGUCGUGAUAGUCGAUGAGGCCAGUCAGGCUCUGGAAGCGCAGUGCUGGGUUCCACUGAUGUGGGUCAAAGCAUCCAAGCUGGUGUUGGCAGGCGACCAUCUUCAAUUACCGCCCACCAUCAAGUCACUCAAUUCCAAGGAAGCUAAAGCUGCUAAGAAAACAAUCAAGAAGGAUGAUACUGAUCGCGUUCUCGUAAGUAAUGGCGAUGCCAGGAUCGAUGCAGUAAAGCCGGCGGCCUCCAACAUGACUUUGGAAACGACACUGUUUGACAGACUACUCGCCCUUCACGGUCCUUCUAUCAAGCGGAUGCUAACUACCCAAUAUCGCAUGCAUGAGAACAUUAUGCAAUUUCCUUCGGCGGAGCUAUAUGAUUCCAAACUCAUCGCUGCCGCUGCGGUCAAACACAGAUUACUCAAGGAUCUCCCCUACAAGGUCGAGGAUACCGACGAUACACGCGAGCCUAUAUUGUUUCUAGACACGCAAGGGGGCGACUUCCCGGAGAAAACCGAGGAUGAAGAGAUUAGGAAGGGCGGCAAAGGCAUGAGUCUCGGCGACAGCAAGUCCAACGAGGGAGAAGCGGCACUUGUGAAGCUGCAUGUCCGCCACCUCACUGAAGCCGGGGUUAGAGCUGAAGAUAUAGCGGUCGUUACCCCAUACAAUGCCCAGGUGGCCUUACUUUCUGGAAUGCUCAAGGAAGCAUAUCCGGGCAUUGAGCUGGGCUCGGUGGACGGGUUUCAGGGCCGCGAAAAGGAAGCUGUGAUUGUGAGCUUGGUCCGGAGCAAUGCGGACGGGGAAGUUGGGUUCCUGGGCGAAAAGAGACGACUGAAUGUGGCCAUGACGCGGCCGAAAAGGCAUCUCUGCGUUAUUGGGGAUUCAGAAACUGUUAGCAGGGGCAGCAAAUUUCUCAAGGCGUGGAUGGACUUCCUGGAAGAGAAUGCCGACUUGCGGUACCCCAACAUCAGCGAUAGCUACGUGGACGAACCAGGUGCGGGAUGAGGAGUGGUGGAGGGCGCAGAUGCUACAGCUGAAAAGCCCAGCGCGCCCUGAGGCUCAUGAAUCUGCAGCGCCGAAUCCGCCAUCGGGGUUGCGGCAGUAUGUAAUGCGCUCUGUCGACGCAUCGGUGCGCGUACAGCCCGUAAGGAGGCAGCGCUGACCUGCAUGCGGCGUGAUUUGGCUGCAGGCAUCGCACCCGCACUCAAACGGCGCAUUGCCAGCUGCCAGAUAUCGAAACGUCC